AUGCGUGGGGUCCGGGGCGGCUUUGGAGCUCGGAAGGGUCCUCCUGCCCCGGCCCCCCGCAUAAUCCGCGGCUAUUUCUGGCGGCUCAGGAGAUUAGAGGGGCCGGCAGCGCUCGGGGCCCCCUUCCUCCCCCGCUUCCCCCCACAGAAGCUGAGGAAGAAGAGGACGGAGACCCCCGGCUCUCCGGGCCCCGCGGGACCCAAGACCCGUAGACCUGGAGGGAGGCCUGGGUCUAGGGGAGCGAGGGGCCCGGAGCCGGUACCGGGGCGGCGGGGCCUGGGGGAAGUGGCUCUCCAGGUGCUGCCGGCCCGCCCUUCUCCUGACCUGCGGACCCCAAAGAUAUGGGGUCACCCCCUUCCUGCCUUUCAACCAGAGGGAGCUCUCCCUCUGGUGCCCAGUGGGCUCCCAGAGAAGGGCCCUGCACCCCCACUAAGAGGAGGUUCCAUUUGCAGUGAGGAGGAGGAGGAGGAAGAGGAAGACAACGACCAGGAGGAAGAGGAAGAGGACGAGGAAAAGAAAGAGAACAGCCCCGUGCCCGCCAGGAAGCCCCCGAAGGACAAGGCUUCCGGGGACAAAAGGGACAGCAGGGCCGAGGCCCAGGGCCCCAGGGGGGACCUGGGGUGCCCCAACCCUCCACAGAAGCCUCUUGGCAUCAAAAAGAAGGAAGCUGGGGAUGGCAUUAAGAUGAAAAAGACCAAGAAGAAAGAGGCCGCGGAGGCCGACAGGGAGCCCGCGGGCAGCCUGGCCGGAGCAGAGAAGAAGAGCCCUGCUGCCAUGUUCCUGGUCAGGGAAGGAGGCCCUGCCGAGAAGAAGAAGAAAGGCCCACCCAAAGGCCCAGCGGAGGAGCCCAGGGAGGAAGAGGAGCAGGAGGAGGAGGGGGCGGCUGUGGCGACCAAGAACAGCAACCAGAAGAGCAGAGCGAAAGGAAAAGACAAAAAGGUCGAGCAGGGCCCAGACUCGGGACCUCUUCCUCCUGGCCGGCCGGAAGCGCAAGCGCAGCAAGACGGCCAAUUACCUGAUCUCCCGCGACCCCACCAACCUGUCCCGCGGCGGGGACGACUUCGUCGGGAAGCUGAGGUGGGGCGGGGCGGGGCCUUGUUUCUUUUAUUUUAUGAACACCACUCUCGAGGGGCCAGCGGUGCCACGCACCGGCAGGAGCUAAGCAACUUCCAGAUGUUACUCGUCCCCCUCACCCCCGUCAGUCCUUUUACCAACCAGAUUUUGCAGUUUGCAAAUGGAAAGUUGAAGUUUAGAGAGUUUAAACCGCGUCUCCCGCAGGAGACCAACGUGCUGGGCUUCCGCGGGCCGCGGCGUAUGACAGUCGUCAUUCCGGGCAUGAACGCCGACCACCAGCCGGUCCCCAUCCGGCCGCGGAACGCCAGCGAUGGGCUGCUGGUGCGGUGGCAGAACAAGACCCUGGAGAGCCUGAUAGAGCUGCAUAACAAGCCGCCCGUGUGGAACGAGGACAGCGGCUCCUACACCCUCAACUUCCAGGGCCGCGUCACCCAGGCCUCGGUCAAGAACUUCCAGAUCGUCCACGCUGAUGACCGUGAGUCUGAGAACCCGGCCGGCACACCAGGCAGGUGUCUCGGGGCUCCCGGUGCCACAUCCACCGAGCCCAGGGGAGGUCAGCACUCUAGGUGAACUGUCAGGGAGAAGGUUCUGCUGCCAGAGCUGGAAAACCGCAGAGCCCACCAGGGCCCUGCAUGGCAGAGGGUGCUGAGGCCCAGAGAGGGUACCUGUUGUACAGCUCCCCGGAGAGGUGACACUGCUUCCUCAGAGCUUAUUCCACAAAACAGACCCAUUGCUUUCUUAAGUGGCGGGCACCAUUUGGGGCUUCUACAGAUGACUCGGUAACCCCGUGACCAAGGUACCAUCAUCCGUAUCUGGCAUGAGAAAACAGGUGGCACAGAGAGGUUAAGUAACUUGCCCAAGGUCACAAAGCUAAGAGGUAGCUCCUGGAUCAGAAUCCCCAGAGUCUGGCCCAUGUUUCUAACCUCUUCCGAGCAGGGAAUAUUAAAGAAGCAUUUCUGGGUGCCUACCCCACGUCUUCUCUUAAGUGAGGUCAAGAGCCUAUCCUGGAACCUGAAACACAAUUAAGUGAAAAGGUCCCUGCUCCAAGCCCCGGAGAAGAGAGGCUCCCAGUAGGUUGAGGAAGUUUGGGGCGGGAAGGUAUCUCCCAGAGGACUGGUUCUGCAAGCGGCAGCCCCACACUGUUCCAGGGAUGUUUCCCCCGUGUCACCUGUCCCUGGGCCUUGGGACUGCUCUCCGGAUCACAUUUCUGGUGGAGCCGCCAGGCCAGAGUUGGGGAGUAUUUUUAGCAACUUCCUGUCCCUAUGGAUGAUGCUGGGGGAGGUGUUGGGAUUGGGGCUGGGGAUCGGGAUCAGAACAGGAGGGCGGCUGGUGCAGGAGAGAAGGGACUUCGUCCCUGCCGGCCAUGGGUUCUGGCACUGGGACAGGGCCAAGGCGCGGGCCAGAGGGGACCGGAGCAGCUGGCGAGCUGUCGGCCCUGCUGGAGCAGGCUCCUGGCAGGGCCGAUGAGACGGCCGGCUGCCUGCCCAGGG